GUGGCGGCGGCGGCAUGGCGGAGCCAAGCGGGGCCGAGACGAGGCCCCCCAUUCGGGUCACCGUCAAGACCCCCAAGGACAAGGAGGAAAUUGUGAUCUGCGAUCGAGCCUCGGUCAAGGAGUUCAAAGAGGAAAUUUCCCGGAGGUUUAAGGCUCAGCAGGAUCAGCUGGUCCUGAUCUUCGCAGGCAAGAUCCUGAAGGAUGGGGACACACUGAACCAGCAUGGGAUCAAGGAUGGGCUCACUGUCCAUCUGGUCAUCAAGACCCCUCAGAAGGCUCCAGAUCCAACUGCUGCCACUGCUUCUUCCCCCUCCACUCCAGACCCUGCCUCCGCACCCUCCACCACGCCUGCUUCACCCACCACCCCUGCCCAGCCCUCUACCUCUGGCAGUGCCACUUCAGAUGCUGGCAGUGGAAGUCGGCGGAGCAGUGGGGGGGGGCCCUCCCCUGGGGCUGGGGAGGGGCCUCCCAGUGCUACUGCAUCCAUUCUCUCUGGCUUUGGGGGCAUCCUGGGCCUUGGGAGCCUGGGCCUAGGCUCUGCCAACUUCAUGGAGCUGCAGCAGCAGAUGCAGAGACAGCUGAUGUCUAAUCCCGAGAUGCUGUCUCAGAUCAUGGAGAACCCCCUGGUCCAGGACAUGAUGUCUAACCCUGACCUGAUGCGUCACAUGAUCAUGGCCAACCCCCAGAUGCAACAGCUGAUGGAGCGGAACCCUGAGAUCAGUCACAUGCUCAACAAUCCCGAGCUCAUGAGGCAGACAAUGGAGCUUGCCCGAAAUCCAGCCAUGAUGCAGGAGAUGAUGCGGAACCAGGACCGAGCCCUGAGCAACCUGGAGAGCAUCCCUGGAGGAUAUAAUGCCCUCCGCCGCAUGUACACAGACAUCCAGGAGCCCAUGUUCAGUGCUGCCCGGGAGCAGUUUGGCAACAAUCCCUUCUCUUCCCUGGCCGGGAACUCCGACAGCUCGUCCUCCCAGCCUCUGCGGACUGAGAACCGAGAGCCCCUCCCUAACCCCUGGAGCCCCUCGACCCCCACCUCCCAGGCCCCCGGGUCCGGUGGGGAGGGCAACGGAGGAUCGGGGACCAGCCAGGUGCACCCGACAGUCUCGAACCCCUUUGGGAUCAAUGCGGCUAGCCUGGGGUCAGGGAUGUUCAAUAGCCCAGAAAUGCAGGCCUUGCUCCAGCAGAUCUCUGAGAACCCCCAGCUGAUGCAGAAUGUGAUCUCAGCCCCCUACAUGCGCAGCAUGAUGCAGACACUUGCCCAGAACCCUGACUUUGCUGCUCAGAUGAUGGUGAACGUGCCACUCUUUGCUGGGAACCCUCAGCUGCAGGAGCAGCUCCGCCUGCAACUCCCGGUCUUCCUGCAGCAGAUGCAGAACCCAGAGUCGCUCUCCAUCCUCACCAAUCCCCGUGCCAUGCAGGCACUGCUGCAGAUCCAGCAAGGACUGCAGACCUUGCAGACCGAGGCCCCUGGGCUGGUACCUAGCCUUGGCUCUUUUGGGAUGUCCCGGACCCCAGCACCAUCAGCAGGCAGCAACGCCGGGUCUACUCCCGAGGCCCCCACCUCCUCACCAGCCCCUCCAGCCACAUCUUCUCCAACAGGGCCCUCCAGUGCCCAGCAGCAGCUCAUGCAGCAAAUGAUCCAGCUUUUGGCCGGAAAUGGAAACUCGCAGGUGCAGACGCCAGAAGUGAGAUUUCAGCAGCAGCUGGAGCAGCUCAACUCCAUGGGCUUCAUCAAUCGGGAGGCCAACCUGCAGGCCCUGAUUGCCACAGGAGGGGACAUCAAUGCUGCAAUCGAGAGACUCCUGGGCUCUCAACUCUCCUAAUCCCUCAUCCAGCCCGUGCCUCCUGCCUCUCCCUCCCCUGAUGCCAGCGUUUGGUUCUUCUGUUGACCCCUACCUGCAGCUUGUCAUCCCUCCUGUCUUCUCCCUGUCCUGUACAGACAGCAGGGUGACCUUAAGAGGCCUGGGCCCAACCCCACAGUUCUGCCUGAGAAGGUUGGUUUUACUGCUACAUCUCUCACAGAAUCUUCUCUCUUAUUCUAUUUGAGCAGAGCUCUGUAAGUGGUUUUCACAUUUUGUUGAUUGGCCUUAGCUCCUAGCCCCACAACCACCUCUUUCAAUCUUCAGACUUCUCAGUGGUCAUGCGGAGUUGAAGGAGGAGCCAGCUGCCCGCUUCACUGAACAGGGUCUUCCAUCUGAACCACUAGGGUUUGCUCAUCUUACGUUUCUCUUUGGUAACUCCUUUCCUCCUUUCUCUUGCCCCCUCUCCUCCCACCCCUCCCUAGCCAAUGCUAGAAUUCAUACUCAGAAGGAGGGGCUGGUGAAACAGACUGAUUUUCCUCUUCACCUCUAUUCUGGUCACUUCAUACAGCACUUUUUCAGGGGGUCUGUGGAACUUGCAGUGGGGAGGAGGAAGGUGCUGAAAGGGGAGAUGAGACACAGCCUUCUGGAAGAGAAAUUAGCAAACCCUGGACCAAUCCAAUGGAGAUGAGUGCAGAGGAGGAGGGAGUGAGAUUUUUCUGGAGGAAAGAAAUAGGGGAGACAGCCUGAGUAAACGACUUGGAGCUGGAGUUGACUAUUAAGGAGUGGAAGUGCUACUAGCUCUUUUAGGCAGGAGUCCUGACUCAGACCUGCGGAGGAGACCUGGAGAUGCUAAUGGAAUUUGAGUUGUUGAAAUGGGCUCAGUGAAGCCUCACAAGGGGUCAUAUUGGCUCCAUUUCCCCAAACACUUAUGCUUAUGUGUGUAUUCACACACACAUUUCCAUGGACCUAGGACCUGCCUGUGUCCCCCAAGCACCCGUAAUUUGAGCCCCCCUCAAGGACAUGAAGGGGAUCGGGGCCUGCCCCAUCAGUGGAUGUGGGUGGUGCAUGGAUAUGUGCGCACACACGUGUGAGCUGAGUGAAGGGUGGACGCUGAUGAUUACUGGUUCAGAGUUCCUUCCUACCAGGCAAGUAGACAGAAAGGCCAGGCUGGGGCAGAACUGGGUUCCUUGGUCCUUUCGAUGCUGCUGGCCCUCCUGAAGCUGUCAGCUAUGACCAGCACCCUUAACACCCCUCAUUGCUUUGGGACAAUGUUAAAGGGAUCUGUCCCUCCUGAGCUCUGUCCCUCCUGAGCCCCUGACCUUUGGCAUAUUAGCCUUUUUUUUUUUUUUUUUUUUUUUUUGAGUUUUUCUGUUUCCCUCUAAGCCAGAAAGGUCAAUCUGAGGAAGGAAAAGAGAGGGUGGCAGUGAUGUCUUUGAUCUGGAAUUGAACAUUGUUCUACUGGAGCAGAGGAGGCCCAUGUCACCUCCUUCCUCUGCCACUUAGUCCGCUGCUUGCACCACCAAUGACUGAGAAUGUGGAGGCAGGGGGAACAGAAUCUUGCUCUGAGUGGGAAAGGGCUCCAAGCAAUCCAGAGAGGAUAUCUGCGUGGCUCUCCAUCCCUCCCACCCCCAACUCCCACACUGGCCUUUGUAAAUAAAUGGCGUGAUCUUUGUUGUGAGGGUGUCUUAGUGUUUGUUUUCUGGGGGAGAGGAAGUUGGCUGAAGAUAAUUUCUUAGUUUAGAGGGCACAUGCUGGGGUCUGUCUAGGGGACUUGAAUUCAGUUACCAGAGCUAUUAAGAAACACUGGAGAUUAAGGGUUCCCUGGUAUCUGUAGCCAUGGUUUGGGAAUGGGGAGGAUUGCAUUCUUUCAUUCCCUGUUGCCUAGAUCACAAAAGUAUCAAAUUAUUUUCAAAUCUAACGAAUUGGAUAUUGUUCUAAAAGUUAAUUAAGAACUUAAGAGAUAAAGUAAUAUAAAUGAAACCAAAAAACCAAGUAAUAGAAAUUCUAUGUAUUGGAAUUACAUAGAAAUGAAAACAGUUAUGCUUAGUAUUUCAAGAAGAUAAAAGCCAAGCUUAGAAAUUUCAACAGAGGGGCCUCCCUGGUGGCCCUGGUGGCAGACGGGGUUAAGAUGCAACCUAUUAAGCUAACCAAAGCCUCUGGAGCACUAGUAUGAUCCCCAGCCAGGGAGCUACCCACAUGGCGCAGCAGACCACUAAUGACUUGCCCGCUGCUCCCCUCAGCAGUAUAUUUCAGUCAGUCUGCCUGUUCUGUUCCCCACUCUGUCUCUGGUGAGUCCUCUCACCCCCCGCACCUCUGGCCUGUACCCCCAUUCUUGUAUGCAUAAAUAAAUCUUUUUAAAAAAAUAAAAAUUAAAAAAAGAUAUAGCAGAAAACUACAAAACAGCACAAUUGGAAAAGAAGUGAAUAGAAAUUUUUUUAUGAAUCUUUUUAUUGACGCUGUUUUUUAUUGGUUUACAAACAAGUUUCAGGUGUACAGUUUCACACCUUGACAUCUGUAUAUACAUCACACCAUCAAAAGUCUAGAUUCCGGUCCUUGGUGGCACAGGCGGUUGAGCGCAGUGCUGUGAAGCUGUCUGCAGCCUCUGCAGUGCCGGUUCGAUCCCCGCUGGCCUUGGAGCAACCCACGUGGCGAGCAGACCUCUCCUGUCUCACCCACUGCUCCCGUCAGCAGUGUAUUUCAUCAGUCUGCCUGUUCUGUUCCCUGCUCUGUCUCUGGUGAGUUCUCUCACCCUCACGCGCUUCUUGUCUGUGCCCCAGCUCUUGUAUAAAUAAAAUAAAUCUUAAAAAAAAAGUUUAUAUUCCACCCACAACCUCUCUUCCCAUUAUACACGCAUGAGAAAUUUUAAUUACAAAAAUGUAAUAAAUGAAAAUAUCGAUAGGUGGACUUAGUGGCAUGUUGAACAUAACUGAGGAAAAGAAUUGGUAAGAUAUUUUCACAUAAACACAAGCUGAGUCCACCACCAGCAGGUUCAGAUUAAGGGAAAUUCUAAAGAGUAAUCUUCAACCACAAAAAUAAAGAAUGGAAAACAAUGAAAGUGGAAUAUAUGUGUGGAAAGGUAAAUAAAUGUUGACUAUAAAAGAA